UUUUGAUAUAAAAUACAUUGUGCCGCUGUGCAAUUGCUGGCCCUGCACAGAAAAAGAAACGUCCAGUCUUGGGGGGUUUCGCAGUUCAUUGAAUGAGGUCUAUUGAGUGCUCAGUACAACAACAAAAAAAAACCUGCUCUGGACUGCGGUUGUGCCUGUACUUGUGCUUGUGCUUGCGCGAUGUGGGAAUCUUCUCUCUCUAUCUCCCGCUUCCACCUGGUCUCUUCUCUUUUUUUUUCCUCUGCUCAGCUCCUUCUUUUUCUUCGCUCUCUUUCUUCUCCCCCUUCCUUUCCUCCCUUUGCCCUUUUCCUCUUUCUUAUUAUUAUUACUAUUAUUAUUUAUAAUCCCUGUCCGCCUGUCUCUCUGUCUGUCUGUGUGCGUAUCGGACUGUUCCUCUGCCUGUGGUUAGUACUCUAUCUCUCUCACUCUCUCACUCUCUCGCUCUCCCGUUCCAUCCUUUGUUUCUUUGUCUCUUUCUAUCCUAUCCUCUCUUGGCUUGUGCUUACAAAGACAAAUACACGCACACAUACACAUUCUCUGUCGUCUCACUCCGCUACCCUCAAACCACUUCCUUCCUUGCAUAACACACGUACAUAUACUCAAACACAGGCACACACACACAUACACACACACAAGUGGACAUACACACGCAGACACGCGCGUGCCUGCUCUCUCUUUCUCUCUCUUGUCUCUCUGUCCGAUCCCUUGUGGAUUGUUGGUGCGUCCUUCCUCCGUCCUUCUCUGUUCUGUGCUCUCUGGGUCGUCUGUCUCCUGGGUGUGUCUGUAUUCAGUCAUAUCUAUAGCAAUAACAAUAACAACACAGGCGUAUAUCCGGACCAACAAAAGAAAAGGCGAGAGCACUUGUCAUCAUCAACUUUAAUCGUCCCAAAAAGCCCGCCUCGAAUCCCGUCCCUCUGAAUUCCUUUGUUUUCUCCCAAAGGCAAGUAACAUUUGAUGAUUAUCCUUUUGGGCGUAAGAAAAAACAAAAACAAAUAAGCAUCGGAUGGUGUUUCGUGAAGGAAAUGUACUCUACGUUAAUGGAUGUACGCUACCGAUCAGGCACAAAAAUAACCGGAUCGCGUAUAGACUUGAUUUAAGACAAGAGGGAAGAGGAGGCACUCAGAAUACCUGAUCAUAGCUGGGUCCUUACUUCACUGGGUUGUCGUGCAUCCCCGCUCAGUUGUUCUUUUUACUACUCUUUGC